AUGGGAGCCAAGUCAAAAUACGUGAUUGUACAACUCGCCAGCGUGAUAACCGGGUCGACAAGAGUAUGGGUGAGAGAACGAGCAGCAGAUAAGUUCGCCGGAAUUUUCUAUGACCCAGCAUACGGAAAGUCAUGUCUAUUCGAAGAAGUGAAGCGAGUGAAGGGAAAGACGGAACUGCCGAAACGAAUCAGAGGAAUCUACAACAUCGAAAACUAG